AUGCCGCCCUCUGCAGCCGCAGCUCUCUUCGCCAAGGCUCUCCCGCAGGCGAGCGGCUCGGGCGGAGCGGGUGCGAGUGGCAGCGCGGGAAAGGGACGAGCGGGCGGACAGCGCGGCGGGCUGGGGCGGACGCGAGGGGCUGGGGCGGCUCACAUGGACGAGGAUAUCGGCAUGUCGGACGGCAGCGAGGGGAAAGUGCGGCGACGAGGGAGGCAGGCGAGGUCAGGACCCAUGGGCGAGAGGCCUACCCAGCGCAACUCCCGCAACGCGCCCGCCGUGCUGCCCGACAAGCCAGCACGCUCCUCCUCAGUCCCUACCGCCAGCAAACCCAAGUCGACCGACCCUCCAACCCAAAACACGAUCGACAUCCUCCGCCUCUUCCUCCUUGCCCGAUACUCGCAGCCUGAUCGGAUGCUCAACAUGGAGAACAUGGCGGAAGACCCUGUGCUGAAGGAGCACAAGCUGUUGGCGCCUGGGCAGCCUGGAGCGCCGGCAAAUAUGGCAGGAGCAAUCUGGAAGCUCGCGAAGGAGAUGUUCCCCGACGUCAUCUCGCUCUCGCUCGCCAACAACAACCUCUCCUCUCCCCUCGUCCUCUCCCCUUACCUCCUCUGCACCUCUCUCCCCAAUAUCGAGAAUGUCUCGUUCGCGAACAACCGCUUCGCCAACUUCCGCGACAUGGAUCCGUUCUCGCCCAUCGUCGGCAAGCAGCGCAACGACAAGAAGCCCAAGGGCUGGCCGAACCUCAAGGAGCUCGUCUUGACCGGCAACCCUGUCGUGCUUUCUGCCGGGACUGACACGGCUUACCAGCGCGAAAUGGCCCGCCGCUUCGCCUCCCUCCGCACCCUCGAUCAAAAGCCCUUCGACCCGUCAAUAGCCUUCUCCGCCCGACCCGACUCGGGCGUCCUCGACGGACCGGGCCUCUCUUCGCGCGUUAAGAGCGAAAAGGCGAAAGCGGCGAAGCGCGAGCCGGUCGUCUUCCCUGUUGAGCCGACGAGCGGGUUCUUCGAGAGCGAUGGCGCAAGGGACUUUGUCGCGCAGUUCUUCCUCAAGUUCUUCGACGCCUACGACAACGAUCGCGCCGCCCUGGGCGCCGCCUACGCCCCAAUCUGCACCUUCUCCUUCCACGCCGACACGGCACAUCCUGCGCGAGCAAGGGCGAAGAAGAUCGGUCACAAGGGCGACAAGCGGUUCCCGAACCAGCACAAGCUCGACUGGAAGCAGUAUUUGACGGCGGACGGGAGCAGGAACUUGAACAGGGUCAAGAAUGCAGACAAACGCGUCAAGACCCUCAAGGUCACGCCCGCCGACGUUGUCAACUCGAUCAACGCGCUGCCAAAGACGAAGCACCCGCUCGAAGACUCGACCAAGUUCGUGUGGGACUCGUGGACCCUGCCGAACCUCCUCCCGCCUGCACAACCCGGAGCUGAGGGCGAGACGGUCAUCUUCGCGAGCGUGCAUGGCGAGUUUACCGAAUUGCCGAGCAAGGGCGUCCUCUCCUUCGACCGUAACUUCAUCCUCGCACCCGCGCCGGCCGUCUCUCCCGCACAAGCCGCCGGCUGGCCCUGCAUCAUCCUCUCCGACAUGCUCACGCUCCGCGGCUACUCGGACCUCGCCUUCUCCAAGCCUCGUCCGCCUCCGCAACCGAAGCAACCUGCCGCCGCCGCUGCUUCGCCCGCACAACCUCCAGUCGCCGGCGCACCACCCGUCGUCGCUGUGCCAGGAGCACCAGGUCAGGAGCGAGCCGAGGGCGUUACGGACGAGCAACAAGCGCUCAUCCUGCAGCUGCAGCAAGUCACCCGCCUAACCUACCACUUUGCGCACAUGUGUCUCGCGCAAAACGGGUGGGACCCGCACCAGGCGUUGAGCCAGUUCCAGGCACUCCAAGCGCAGGGCUCGAUCCCGCCUGAGGCGUUUGUGGCCGCUGUCUAG